CGUAGCUAAUGUGGCGUGUACGAUUGGACAGCCACUUAACAGCAUUACAGGCUCCGUGCGCAUGUUGUGGGUUUUUUCCGCUGACUCGGACAGAGCGACCCGACUGAGGUAUAAAGGUGGGGAUGAGCCGCAGUUCGUCCUCAACCGUCUUAUUUCUUUCAGCAUCUCUGACCACCUUCACAGGGCGUCUCCUCUGACUCCUAACACAGACAAUGGCGGUUUGGCUCCAGGUUGGUGCGCUGCUGUUCUUGCUGGCGUUCUGCUCCACAGGAGCCGAUGCUGCGGCACCUAAGUACCUGUGUGGUUCUCACCUGGUCGACGCCCUGUACCUAGUCUGCGGCCCAAAUGGGUUCUUCUACAACCCUAAAAGAGAGGUGGAUCCUCUGCUGGGGUUCCUACCCCCUAAAUCUGUUCCAGAGGGUGAGUUGGCUGAAUACCCAUAUAAAGAUUACAACGAGCUGAUGGUGAAAAGAGGCAUUGUGGAGCUGUGCUGCCAUAAACCCUGCAGCUUACACGACCUGCAAAACUACUGCAACUAAAACACCAACAAACUGCCCCAUCACCUGCUGCAAACCAGACAACGGCCUACUUGAUUAUGUUUUUUUUUUUCCUAAAGAAAAUAAAAGUACAUCAAAUGAAA